AUGUCUGUUCAUAUCUCUCUCAUUAUCACGGUCUGUUCAUAUCUAUUUAUCUCUCUCUCUCUCUCUCUCUUCUCAUGUUGCGGCUUGUUAGCAUUUGCCUGUCUCUUCUCCCCAAACACGUCACGGACUGUUCGUAUAUGUCUGUCCUCCAUCUUCUUCUCUCUCCCUUCAUCGUCAUCUCUCUAUCGGCCUUUCCAUAUACCCUUCCCUUUCCUUUCUUUUCUCUCUUUUCUUUUUCUUUACCUUCUAUUUCUCUUCCCCUUCCCCUUCUCUUUCCCUUUUCUUUCUCUUUCCCUUCCACUUCUUUUCUCCUUUUCUUUCUCUUUCCCUUCUCUUUCUCUUUCCCUUACCAUUCUCUUUCCUUUUCUUUCUCUUUCCCUUCUCUUUCUCUUUCCCUUCCCCUUCACUUUCCCUGUUCUUUCUCUUUCCCUUCUCUUUCUCUUCCCCUUUACUUUCCCUUUUCUUUCUCUUUCCCUUCUCUUUCUCUUCCCCUUUACUUUCCCUUUUCUUUCUCUUUCCCUUUUCUUUCUCUUUCCCUUCCACUUCUUUUCCCCUUUUCUUUCUCUUUCCCUUCUCUUUCUUUUUCCCUUACCAUUCUCUUUCCUUUUCUUUCUCUUUCCCUUCUCUUUCUCUUUCCCUUCCCCUUCACUUUCCCUUUUCUUUCUCUUUCCCUUCUCUUUCUCUUCCCCUUUACUUUCCCUUUUCUUUCUCUUUCCCUUCUCUUUCUCUUCCCCUUCUCUUUCCCUUUUCUUUCUCUUUCCCUUCUCUUUCUCUUUCCCUUACCAUUCUCUUUCCUUUUUCUUUCUCUUUCCCUUUUCUUUCUCUUUCCCUUCUCUUUCUCUCCCCCUUCCCUUUCCCUUUUCUUUCUCUUUCCCUUCUCUUUCUCUUUCUCUUCCACUUCUUUUUCUCUCUUUUUUCUCUUUCCCUUCUCUUUCUCUUUCCCUUACCAUUCUCUUUCCCUUUUCUUUCUCUUUCCCUUCUCUUUCUCUUUCCCUUCUCUUUCUCUUCCCCUUCUCUUUCCCUUUUCUUUCUCUUUCCCUUCUCUUUCUCUUACUCUUCCACUUCUUUUCCUCUCUUUUUUCCCUUUCCCUUCUCUUUCUCUUUCCCUUACCAUUCUCUUUCCUUUUUCUUUCUCUUUCCUUUUUCUUUAUCUUUCCCUUUUCUUUCUCUUUCCCUUCUCUUUCUCUUCCCCUUCCCUUUCCUUUUUCUUUCUCUUUCCAUUCUCUUUCUCUUUCUCUUCCACUUCUUUUCCUCUCUUUUUUCUCUUUCCCUUCUCUUUCUCUUUCCCUUACCAUUCUCUUUCCCUUUUCUUUCUCUUUCCCUUCUCUUUCUCUUUCCCUUACCAUUCUCUUUCCCUUUUCUUUCUCUUUCCCUUCUCUUUCUCUUCCACUUCUUUUCCUCUCUUUUUUCUCUUUCCCUUCUCUUUCUCUUUCCCUUACCAUUCUCUUUCCUUUUUCUUUCUCUUUCCUUUUUCUUUCUCUUUCCCUUUUCUUUCUCUUUCCCUUCUCUUUCUCUUCCCCUUCCCUUUCCCUUUUCUUUCUCUUUCCCUUCUCUUUCUCUUCCACUUCUUUUCCUCUCUUUUUUCUCUUUCCCUUCUCUUUCUCUUUCCCUUACCAUUCUCUUUCCCUUUUCUUUCUCUUUCCCUUCUCUUUCUCUUUCCCUUUUCUUUUUCUUUCCCUUCUUUUCCCUUUACCCUCUCUUUUCCUUUCCCCUCUCUUUCUUUCUCUGUAUGUAUAUAAAUACAAAAGAAUCUAUAUUCCAGUUAAAUUAUUUAUUCCUUUGUCAUUCAUAUACCGUGAUAACAAACAUCAGAUGCCUUUCGUGGAAUCAGAUGCUCACUCGUUCUGA